AUGGGGUGCACUGGGGUGGUGGCGACUGGGGUGUGGACUGGGGUGGUGCGGGGACUGGGUGGUGGCGACUGGGUGGUGGCGACUGGGGUGGUGGCGACUGGGUGGUGGCGAACUGGGUGGUGCGGACUGGGCCUUGGCGGUGACAGCCUUGCGGUGACAAGCCUGGCGGUGACAGCCUGGCUGCUUUGGUCGGACAGCCUUGGCGUUGACAGCGGUGGCAGAGGACAGGAAAGGGUGGUGGUGGGGGUGGUGGUGGUGGUGGUGGCUGGAGGGGGAGCAGAAAGGUGUGGUGGUGGUGAGUUGCGCAGGCAGCGUCAUAAGAUGGGCGACGAAGCCGGUCCGGCAGGGGGGGAGGUGGUGGUUGAGGACGCGGCAGCGGCGAGUCAAGAGUGGUUACGCCCUGGUCAAGGAUGGGGUGGAGGAGGCGGUAGCCGGGGGCAGCACUGGCGGUGGCGACGGCGAUAUAUUUCUGAGCGUUCAGGAUCUUUCGGAGUCUGUUUCUCCAGAUUCUUUUAUUGGCUUUUGUUAAAAAAAACAUUCGCAGUAAUGGAACAAUGGGACACGUUUGCAAUUCGUCCUCAGUUGCUAAGUAAAAGCGUAUGA